UGCCUAGUGAGACCACUAACUCAGUCCAGAGAUGCAGCUUGUUUCAGGAUACCCAGCAUGGCGACCACUUUCUUUUAUUUUGCUACUUCUUUCACCAGGAAAGUUUUGUUGGUGUUUGGAGAUGCAGUGGGUGCUGCCUUCAAUAAAAGUGCAUGUUGGUCAGUCUGUUGAUCUUGAAUGUAAGUUUAUAUUGAAGCCAGGUGAAGAAAAAAUUAAACAAGUUAAUUGGCUUCAGAUGCAAUUCCUGAAAAAUUGGACAAUGACAAGAAACAUUACGGACAGCUUGGCAUUCCUCGAGAAUAGGAUUAAAGACCCCAAUCACCAAAUCCUAAAAAUUGAAAACACACAAAAAAAUGACACUUCAUUGUAUGUAUGCAAAGUGACAUCGGAAGGUGUCGACUACAAGUCCUGUGGGACCUACCUUAGAGUGAAAGAGCCUGCCCCUUACAUCUUCCUUAAAAUUGCGGAAUCCACAAAGAACAGACUCAUUACAGCUGAGGGAAUCCUAUUGUUACUAUGUACAGUAAUACCUGGGACCUUACUCCUGUAUAAGAAGCGUUUUGAAAACCUACGGACAGCUUCAUUUAAACAAUCAGAAGGAGAAAACCUGUAUGAGGGUCUGAAUCUGGAGGAAUGCUCAAUGUACGAGGACAUCUCGCGAGGGCUACAAGCCACAUAUGAAGAUGUUGCCACUUUGAGGGCAACUGACUUUCAACUGGAAAAGCCCUGAAUUUGCAGUUGUUUCUCAUCUGAGUGAGCUA